UUGCAGAUCUCAUCUGAUUCCACCACUUUAGAUUCUCUUUCUACAGGUCGAGGAGGUUUUGAUCAUGAUCGCGGUUACAGCGGACGUAACAGCGGACGCUUUUCUGAUCGUGGUUCUGGUCAAAGGAAUGGUGGUAGCUAUGGUCACGAUGACUAUCAAGGCUCUGGUGGACGUGGUUUUAAUCAGAGGCAGGCAUCAGUCUAUAUCUGUGCAUUUGGGUUUGAAAUCUCUUUCACAUUUUAUAGAUCAUUCGACACACAAGUGAGAGAAAUACGCAGGGAUAAUGGGGAUCGCGAAGAUGGCAAAAACAGCCGUUGGGCAGGUCUGCGUGAAGAUGGGGCUCCCUCCGCGCGGUGGGAGCGACAGCAACCGCGAGACGAACGCUUAGAGUCUGAGUUGUUCGCUGGCCAAUUGUCUGGAAUUAACUUCGACAAAUACGAGGAAAUCCCCGUAGAAGCGACAGGAGAGGAUGUUCCUGCCCCAAUUUCAUUAUUCUCUGACUUGAAGCUUCAUCCUUGGAUAGAAGAGAACAUUCAGCGUUCUGGUUAUAAUCGUCCCACUCCAGUACAAAAGUACUCGAUCCCGGCGCUCAUGGCCGGUCGCGAUCUCAUGUCAUGCGCGCAGACAGGAUCAGGGAAAACUGCAGCUUUCCUUGUUCCUGUAAUCAACGCGAUUCUGCAGGUAAGCAGUUCGCUUUUACAAAAGCAUAUGUAUCUGCGGAAGAACUUGCAAAGCAAUAACUCUGUCUUUUCCGUGCUCAGAGAUCCGAAGUUGCCGAGCGAAUCGCCACUUUCUUUCCGUACCUCAAGUAUCCUUUCAUUUGUAUGGGUACAUCAAAUUCAACUAAUUCUGGUUAUUUGUUCCCAGACGUGCUCGCAAUCUUUCACACCUGAUUGCACCUAA